AUGGAGUUUCGAACACUACGAGGAGACUCCCUCGGGGUCGCCAUCAGCGGCGCCUCCGGCGCUGCCUUCCUGCUGUUUGGAUACGACACAGGCGUCUUCGCAGGCAUCAUCAACGCGAAUUCCUUCCGUUCGCAAUUCGGAUAUCCCUCUUCCUCCAUGACCGGCACCAUCGUCGCUGUGUACAACCUGGGUUGUUUCCUUGGGUAUAUGAUCGCGUCACAGUUUGGACGGAUAAUGGGUAGAUGCCUAACGAUUAUCGUGUCGCAGUGGAUUUGUAUCCUGGGGACCAUCCUGCAGUGUACUGCGUUUACGAUUCCGCAUCUCAUCGUGGGGAGAGUGGGGACGUGUGUAGCGACGGGGAUGGCGACCUCGUCUCGGAGACGUGUAAAGCAAACCAACGCGGCGCUCUUGAUGCAUUUCAACUCGCCAUCGUCAGUGGCGGGAUUCUCAUCACCUACUGGCUUGACUACGGCAUGCUCUGUGCGACUGGACAGGUCGUCUGGCGCUUUCCACUUCCUGCCCGAAUUCCCGCGAUUGCUUUACGACAAGGGCCGGAUCACCGAAGAGUAG